ACCAAGAUGGCGGACUGAACGCUCGUAGCUUUGCGAGAAACUUUAGAAUUGACGAUGUGACAGCGAUAUAAGUCCUCAAAUAUUCGUAUCCAACGGAACAAAAGUAGAGUUUGGAGCGAUGGGGUGUUUUCUGAAGUGGAUAUUGAUGACGUGAUGGAAGAUGGAGGAUGCUAAGAUGGCGACGUCAUGUAAAAGAGAACAUGAGAGAGAAUCACCGCCACCAACGGAGAAUAAGACAAAAACUGCACACGACGAUAAACGAGUUGAUGUUUCCAACAACGUCAUUUUGGAGGCUUUUGUAAGGCCUGAAAAGAGCGUCGAUGAGCGAUUAGCCGACUUUGUGGAAGAAUGUAAACAAAGAGCCGCCAUGAUUGUUAGCUUGAAGAAGGCAGUGGAAUUCAAAUCAAAGGAGCUGGAAGAAUGCCAAAGUCAAAUGAAGAAACUGGAAGAGGAAAACAAGCGCUUGUGUAAAGAAAAUAACGAUUUGCAUGACAAGAUUUUGGAGAUGAGUAGGAGAUGUGCAGUGUGGGAAGAGAAGACUGGACCACAUGUCUACAUCAACCCGCAGAGGACUGGAGACAUCCAGCAGCUGAUUGGUCAUCCAGAAGAACUUCCCCCUCAGUCGCAGGGGGAGAGCUCCACUUUGAAGCAGGAAGCUUCACAACCACCCCACAUUAAAAAGGAAGAGGAGGAACUCUGGAUCACUAAGGAGGGAGAGUGUCUUCUCGGGCAGGAGGAAGCUGAUUACACCAAGUUUCCACUGAGUAUUAUCUCUGUGAAGACUGAAGAUGAUGAAGAGAAACCACAACCAGACAACCUCUUAACUCCACUAUCAGAUAGUGAGGCUGAAGAGGAGGUUGAAUUAUCUGCGAAGACCGAAGAUGACGAAGCGAAACCCCAAGGAGACAACCUCUUAGCUCCACUAUCAGAUAGUGAGGCUGAAGACGAGGUUAAAGUAACUUUGAGCAGCAAUACAGACUGUGAAGGUGAUAUGAGGAUUCAGACUGACAACACACACGCCAACUGCUCUAAAAAGAAGACACGCAAAAAUAGUUUGAACUGUUUAGUUUGUGGUGUUAGAUGUACUAAAAAGAGCCGUUUGACUGAACACAUGAGAACACACUCAGAGGAAAAAACAUUUCAUUGUUCAGUUUGCGCUAAAAGCUUUUCUCAAAAGACCGUAAUGACUGUACACAUGAGAACACACACAGGAGAAAGACCAUUUAAUUGUUUAGUUUGUGCUAAAAACUUUUCUCACAAAAGCAGUUUGACUGACCAUAUGAGAACACACACAGCAGAAAAACCAUUCAAUUGUUCAGUUUGCGUCAAAAGCUUUUCGAGAAAUAGCAGUUUGAAUCGACACAUGAGUACACACACGGGGGUAAAACCAUUUGUUUGUUCAGUUUGUGGUAAACGCUUCUUUCAAACAAGCGGUUUGACCAAACACAUGAGAACGCACACGGGAGAAAGACCAUUUGAAUGUUCAACUUGUGGUAAAAACUUUUCUCGCAAAAGCGGUUUGAAUGAACACAUGAGUACGCACACAGGAGAAAGACCAUUUGAUUGUUCAGUUUGUGGUAAAAACUUUGCUUUCAGGAGCGGUUUGACUCAACACAUGAGAACACACACUGGAGAAAAACAAUGUAUGUGUUCAGUUUGCGGUAAAAGAUUUUUACAAAAAUGUAACUUGACUAAACACAUGCGAACGCACACAGGAGAAAGACCAUUUGAUUGUUCAUUUUGUGGUAAAAGCUUCACCCAAAAUAGUAGUUUGACCCAACACAUGAGAACUCACACAGGUGUAAAAUUCUUUAACUGUUCAGUUUGCGGUAAAACCUUCUCUGAGAAACGCGGUUUGACCCAACACAUGAGAAGACACACAGGAUCUUAACAAGUUCGUUGUUAAGUUUGCGGUAAAAGCUUUUCUUGAAAGAGUUUUAAAUGUACACAUGAGAACUCACACAUGUAAAAGAUUAUUAUUUGUUCAGUUUCCUAUGAAAGCUUUUUACCGUUAUGUAAUUUUACAUUAAUUAUUAUUAAUUAUUCCAUGUUAGGAAUUUGCCUGUCACUAAUUGUAUAUCAAUUGUUGUCGGCAGUAUUAGAUGUUUUUUGAAGGCUUUAUCUGCUAUUUAACAAGAUCCACUCGACGUCCAUUGGGUCCUCCCCAAGGUUUCUCAUUGUCAUCCCACUGGGUUGAGUUUUUCCUUGCCCUGAUGUGGAAUCUGAGCCGAGGAAGUCGUUGUGGCUUGUGCAGCCCUUUGAGACACUUGUGAAUUAGGGCUAUAUAAAUAAACAUUGAUUGAUUGAUAUUUGUAA